AAGGGUUAGAUUUUUUUUGACCAUUUCGUUAAAGACUAUUGUAUCUUAAUUAACAUUAUCUGUUUCAUAAUUUUGUUUAAAUGCUUGUAAUUUAUACAGCGUGUAUGAUUAGAUAUGAAUUAUCUAUGAAGUGAUUCACAGUUUUCACCAGAUUGUAAUCAAUCUGUUCAACCCUGUUGGUAGCUCAAAUCGCAAAUUGUAGAAAAAAUCGAUUUUUUGGUAGUUAGAUCCGAUAAAAAGCAUACUGUUUGGAGGAAAUUGGGGUUUGGGAGCAAAAGUAGUUCUCCAACUGGAACUUGGAAGACCGUUAAACCCUUCAAAGAUUCAAACCCUUGAAAAAUGGGGGUUUCCUCUUUCGUUGGAAUCGCGUUUGCCAUCGCUCUGAUUUCUCUCAUCGUUGCAUUAUAUCCACUCAGUUAUGGUCCUCCUGCAUCACCAUCACCAUCACCCGCGAGAUUGUUUACAGUACAAGAUCUAGCUAUUUACAACGGGACUGAUAAUGGCUUGCCCAUCUUGUUAGGAAUUCUUGGGUCGGUGUUUGACGUGACAAAAGGAAAAUCUCAUUAUGGGCAGGGAGGUGGCUAUAAUCACUUUGCUGGAAGAGAUGCUUCGAGGGCAUUUAUCUCCGGAAACUUCACAGGAGAUGGGCUUACUGAUUCUUUGGUUGGUUUAUCUAGCACCGAGGUGAAGAGUGUAGUUGAAUGGCGAGAUUUCUAUAUCAGGACAUACGUAUUUGUUGGCAAGUUAGUCGGUCGGUAUUAUGAUGGUGAGGGGAGCCCCACUAAAUAUCUUAAAGGAGUCGAAGCAAAGGCGGCAAGAGGUGCACAGUUGAUGGAGAAACAAAAGAUAGAAGAAGCCAAAAUACCCGGCUGCAAUUCGAAGUGGAGCCAGGACGAGGGUUCCGAGGUUUGGUGUGACAAUGGUUACCCAAGGCUAGUUCAGAGACCACUAGAAAUAGCGUUGACGGGGAAAAUGAGCAAACGUUGCGCAUGCUACAAAGAAACAGAGUUAGACCAACCAGGUUUAGAAGUUUAUGAAGGAUGUGAUUAUUUAUCGAAAGCCUGUCGGCUUUGAGAGUCAUGAAAAGAGUAUCAACGAUAGAGCGGAAACGGACAUGCUUUACGUAAACGAUGUCUCUAUUCCCUUACGUAGAAGAAAGGGCUGGUUACAUCCUACAAAAAUAUCUUAGAUAUGACUUUCGAGUAAGAUAUACCGAAUGCAUCUGAUUUGGAUUGAUGAUUUAUAUAUCACAAUAGAUUUUCAUGUCAUGCUUUUUUGAGAAAA